AUGUUCCUGCCCCAGAGAUCUCUGCAGAUGGUUACAUUUUUGGCAAUUCUUUUUUUUGCCUGUUUUGCAACAUGUCAAGACACUGAAAAUAAAAGAGCAGUGACGGAGCAUCAGCUCAUGCAUGACAAGGGGAGGGCAUUUCAAGGGCUGAAGCGCCUGAUGUGGCUCCACAAUGCCCUAGGUAGCGUGCACACAGCCAGCAGCAGGGAUAUUUCACUUUCAAAUGCCAUGUGGGAUUCUCAGAAAAGCCAAGAUCCCUCAGAUCUCUACAACAGCAUCAGCAGAGACGAGACUUCAAGCCUGAUGAAGCAGCUGCUGGAACUGAUGGAAAAAGAGCAGGGCUUCCCCCCAUUAAAGCAGGAUUUGCUGCAGUAUGUGAAGACCCCAAAGGGUAACUGGAACCCACAAGACCUUUUUGACCUCCUUCAAGUCAAAGAGCUGGGCAGCAAGAGAAAUCCUAGCACCCAGCCACAGAAGUUCUCCCGCUAG